AUGUCAGCCAACAUCCGUACAGCUCUCUCUGGUACCAACCUGCCGAUUCUGGCCGCAGGGCUCUCUGGUGGCCUGGGUGUGGUCCUCGGUGCCCUCGGCUCCCACGCGUUUCUUGAGCUUAUGGACACGAACCAGUUCAAGGCGUACAACGUAGCGAACCAGUACCACCUUGUCCACUCCAUGGCGAUGCUCGUCGUGGCAGCGAUUGCGCCCCGCGUCACAGAGCCAGCCGCUACCUACUUCCGCCGUGCCUAUCUCCUCUUCGCCGCCGGCACAGUACUGAUGUCGGGCUCACGCUAUGUCCACUGCACAGUGCAUAAACCGGACUUUUUAAGCAAAUUCCCCGCCGUGGGUGGUGCAUUGCUCGCGGCUGGAUGGGUAUGCGUCGCUCUUGGCGGCUCCACCUUGAAGGAAUAG